AUGACUCCCUGGGCGACCUAUGGAUGGCUUGGCCUUGCCUCCCUUGCUCUCGGCCAUUUGAACCCUCCUUAUUAUGCGGAUCUGAGUUGGCAGCCCGCGCGAACCUUGUCCAACUGGUCGAAUCUGACCGUUGAGACCCGUACCGGAACAUUCAUUGGCAUCUUGAAUGAUACCUAUCCAGAUGUCCGCCAGUUCCUGCGAGUACCCUAUGCACAGCCACCGAUUGGCGACCUUCGCUGGCUUCCUCCCCAGAGGUUGCCGCACUCAUCGAAAAGAAUUGACUCAACUCGGUUUGGCCCGGCCUGUCCACAGUAUGUCGCUUCGGGCGAGUCCAUGUGGGCACAGUAUGAACCGCCGAAUCUCCUGCUCAGUAUCGGCGAGGCCGACAAUCAAGGAUCCGUGGCGUGGUCAUCGUCGGAAGACUGCCUCUCCCUGGCGAUCUGGACCCCGGCCUAUGCUAAUCAGACCUCCCAUCUCCCGGUGGCACUCUUCGUCACGGGCGGGGGAGGAACCACGGGGGGCAUUGCAAUUCCCUCUCAGCUGCCUUCGAAUUGGGUUUCCAAUUCGCAGGAACAUAUUGUGGUGACCAUUAAUUACCGCGCGAAUAUCUUUGGAAACCCUAAGUCCAAAGCUUUGAACGAGACAUCCUUGACUCUAAUGGAUGUGCGUGCGGCGGUGGAGUGGGUAUCGGAGAAUAUCCGGGCAUUCGGGGGUGACCCAGAUAAUAUCAUGCUGUGGGGCCAAUCCCAGGGCGCUGCCCUGACACACCUCUAUACCCUCGCCUACCCCGAUGAUCCUCUCGCGGUCCGGUUCGGCGUGAUUUCUGCGCCGCCAUCGGUGACAAUCGACCUCACGGAGACAGAGGAUGUUUAUGAGGACUUUCACAUUGUUGCCAAAGGUCUAGGAUGCAAUUACGGGGACGAUGCCGAGGCGGAGUUGGAAUGCAUGCGCCAAGUAUCCUGGGUUCAGAUUGAGGAGUUUGUCAACCGCUACAAUGGCACCCCAUCCAUUGCGUUUUCCGAUUACAUCCCUGACGAGAAGUACAUCUUCGCCAAUGAAACCGAGCGCUACCAGAUGGGUCGCGUGGCCCCCGGGCCGGCGAUCCGCUCCAACGCCGCCCGCGAAGAUCCCAUCACUCCCAACAAUGACACCGCCACUAUGGAAACAACAGGAGAAUGGCUCUGCGCCUCGUACAAGGAUGCUCUCCUGCGAGCCUCCCAGGGGCUCGAGACCUACCGGUAUGAGUGGGCGGGCAACUUCACCAACAUCAGCCCUGUUCCUUGGCUGGGCGCGUUCCACUGGUCGGAUCUCUUGAUGAUUUUUGGAACCUAUAUGCUUGAUGUUGGGGAGAUCUCGGAGCUUGAGGUCGAGACCUCGCGGACGAUGCAGGACUAUUUGCUGGCUUUCCUCAAGGACCCCUCCACGGUCACUGAGACUGUGGGUUGGCCUGCCUUCAAUGCCAGUGCUUCGUCUGGAGGGCUGAUUCUGGAGUUUGGAAACACGACGGCCGUGCGGAAUAUCACGGGGGAUUUCCUUGAGGCAGGUUGCUGGGAUUCUAGCGCUGGGUUCCGCAUAUUCGGACGCGAUGAGAGAGUUCCACUGCCGUGGAAGGGAUGAUCGUGGCCACUUGGGAGGACAACCACGAGUUUGGUGCAGAUCUAAAGAAGAGGAUGUGAUUACGAGAACAGCGUGUCCGCAGACGUGCAUGAAGCAUCACAAUGAUCGGAUAGAAAAAAAAAAAAAGGCCGAUGUCAUGUCCAACAGCGAUGAAGUACAGAUUCCCAGGUGAUGGUGAAGACAAUAUCGAUAGAAUAUUUGGAGC